CUCUCUGCCAUGGCUACUCCCCGGUUUCAAGGUUUUCCACCUUGGUUCUCUUAUAUCACCUUUUCCAUCGACGUAGCGGCAACCCUGGAUUUAUACUGUGAUGGAGGUGACGAGGCCAUGUUGCGAAAGUUGGAUGGCCUUGAGGAUAGAAAAUAUGCUGGUUACUGCUCGGAGAUCCAACUGCCACGUGAACCCACAUACCACGUUAUCAUCAUUAGGCCACUACAACAGGGUCUCACCAAGCCUCACCCUCACAGACCCCAGCAUGCACGGCCUUCGAUGUGUGUCCCCAUCUCACCAGAAACGGCCCAUCCUAGGUCCAGGGAACCUCUGGAAGUGACGAAGCCACUGCCAUGGAGCAACUGCUAUCACCCUACCUGCUACGACGUUUGUGUACGUAUACCGACAGAAAGGCGGGACUAUUGUCAGUCAUCAUAUGUGGAUGGGCAUCUUUCCCUCCAGCACUUGAAAUUUCUCAAAGAGGAUAUACGCUACGGACAGUUCCUUCAGGCUGGGCUAGAUGAUGAUCACAUCCUUCGAAUUCUUGACGGUCAAGAAGACGCCCCAGCUACGGAUGUGCCGGACGAUGCUUCGGAGACUGAUAGUCUAGCUAGCCAGAUGUUCCUGGCUAAGCAACCAGGCUCCGAUAAAGUCGAACAUGAACUGUGCUUUAUGCCCGUUAUGCAUUUCGAUCACAUCCUGUCGAAUGUCCCAGAAAUAGCUGAUCCAUCGCAGUUAUGUGGAGACCUACUUCUUUUCCAAGAGAUCGUGCAGGAGUAUCAGCUUGCCCGCUAUGGAUCGGUGCUUUUCGACUCGCCGGAGGAUCUGCCAAUCGACGAGACUCCUGUUUGUGACAAUGUUUCAUCGGUUUAUACUGUAUACACUGUAGCGUCGGCGGAAUCUCGCGCAAGCUCGACGGAAGAUUUGAGCUCUGGUUCUCCGGACUCUCAUGAACUGGACUCAUCGUUAGAGGAGUCUCCCGAGGUGCCGGUGCCCACUCGGAAAGGAAAGUGGAGAGUCAAGUCGCUCCUCCGGAGGGCGAUCAUGAAUUUUGUCGAGGUCUUCAAGUGGCGCAAGGGUUCUUGCAAGUUGUGAUUUGGCCUGCAGGAUAGACCCAAUCACCUCACCUUCGUUUAUUAUAUACAUUAUUUUGUAUCGCUAAUCCUAUUGUACAACUCACAUUCUCUUUAGUAUGGUAUCGCGGCUUCUUUUGGUGUAACUACUAUUGCAAUAUAUGAAGUGGGGUAGAAUCUAUAUCAGAAGCCAACUUAUGAA